AGCACCUUUACCCCUGGGAACGAGGUUAGUGAACGUGCCUAGCACUUGCUUUAGCUUAUAACUAGCACAUAAUUUCACCAUGGCAGUCCCCUUCAAAUACACUAGAGCGGUUGUAUGUGGCGUUCCUUCAUCUUUACCAAAGAACGCUCUACGGCUCGAAGAUCCAGGUGAACCAAUCGACCUUGAAAAAGCCCGCCAACAACAUUCGGAUUACGUGAAAACACUGGAAAAGCUCAAUUUAAAAUUAACACAUAUCGAGCCAGACGAAGAACUUCCCGACUGUGUCUUUGUAGAAGAUACUGCUGUUUGCGUUGGCAACAAGGCUUUGAUUGCAAACUUGGGCCAUGAAAAUCGACGUGCAGAAGCCAAAAGAAUGAAAAGCGCUUUGAUUGACUUGGGAUUCGAUGUAACGUGCAUGGAAAACCCUGCCUGUCUUGAUGGUGGAGAUGUGCUGUUCACCGGCCGCGAGUUCUUUGUUGGCUUGACCACUCGCACCAACAAAGAGGGCAUGGAAGCCUUAGCUGCUGCAUUCCCAGCUUUCCCCGUAAGCGGRAUUAAAGUUGAAAAGCAUCUUCACUUAAAAUCCAUGAUGUCCAUGGCAGGCGACGACCUCAUCGUCGUGGGGAGUAGUUCUAUGGCCAGCAAUUCCUUUAAAGAGAUCGAGUCAAAGGCAAAGUACAAAUACCGWAAAUUGGUGGUACCUGAAGAUGUAGCAGCMAAUUGCCUUUACUUAAAUGGCACACUAGUGCAUCCUUCAGCUAAAGAAAUUCCCGAAAGCAUAUCAGUGCUUCAAGGUUUGCCAGGAGAGAAAAUUGAAGCUGAAAAUAGCGAACUGCAUAAAGCUGAUGGAUGUUUGACAUGCUGUUCUAUUCUUCUCCAAUAAAAAUGACAUGAGACAACUCA